UGACACGACACCAAAUAAAUGCUUAUUGUGUAUUAUAAUCCUGUUCUCCCCCAUAUUAAAAAGUAACAAUUAGACAUCGCGACGGAAGAUGAACAUUAGUUGCGCAGACAUCCUAAAGCGGUCUCCAGUAUGCCCACCAUAAGGGGGAAGAGCGCAGGCGCACGGCAGCUGUGCGCUGCAGACCGAGCGGCGGCGGUGGUGGGGGCGGCCGGGGAGCAGCCACGGGACCGCGCAGGAGCGCAGCAAGCACAGCGGCGACUGUCAGCCUAGAAAUACGGGGGGCCUUCGGAUCACGGCUCUUCCUGCACCCACAUACCCAAAGUAAACAUUUUAGCUGUUUAUUCCAGAACAGCCAUUUUAAAGCUGGAGGAUGGCGGUGAAUGUCUACUCCACGUCUGUAACCAUCGAGAACUUGAGCCGGCAUGACAUGCUGGCUUGGGUUAACGAUUCCCUGCAGCUCACCUACACCAAGAUCGAGCAGCUGUGCUCAGGUGCGGCUUACUGCCAGUUCAUGGACAUGUUGUUUCCAGGCUGCAUACUCCUGAAGAAAGUGAAAUUCCAAGCCAAACUGGAACACGAAUACAUACACAACUUUAAAGUGUUACAAGCAGCUUUCAAAAGAAUGAAUGUUGACAAAAUAAUCCCUGUAGAAAAGUUAGUGAAAGGAAAAUUCCAGGACAACUUUGAGUUUGUGCAGUGGUUCAAGAAGUUCUUCGACGCCAAUUACGACGGGAAGGAGUAUGACCCCUUACAGGCUCGGCAAGGCCAAGACGUGGCCCCGCCCCUCAAUCCAGGUGAACACAUUUCCCACAAACCCAAGAAACCUUGCGGCGCUCCAGUUCCACAGAGGACGUCCCCGACAGUACCCAAAAAUAUGCCCACACCACAAAGAGCGCUCAACACCACUUCUAUGAGGAAGAACCCCCCGAUCGCUCGGAAUGGCGGUAGCGAUGCAGAGAUCUUGGAGCUAAAUCAACAGCUAAUGGAGUUGAAACUGACCGUGGACGGCCUGGAGAAGGAGCGGGAUUUCUACUUCAGCAAAUUGCGAGACAUCGAGCUUAUCUGCCAAGAGCAUGAAAAUGAAAACAACCCAGUCAUCACCAAGAUCAUCGAUAUUCUCUAUGCUACGGAGGAUGGCUUCGCUGCACCUGAAGAUGAAGACAUUGAUGAGCAGCCACACUUGGACCCAGAUGAAUACUAAACCCUCAGUCCCUACCACUCCUAUCUUCUCCAUCCGUCACUGCUUCUCUCUUGUCUCUCUUUGAACUUCCUCAUCCUCAAGGCCAUUGCACGUGUCGCUUCCAUCCCUGCCUCUCUUCCUCUUCCUCUCCAUCCCCGACUCUCUUUGUGCGUUCCACGUUGACUUCCUAGGACGAACGGCUGUUUUCCCGUCCCAUCGCACGCAGAGUAGCGACAGCAGCAAGCUGAAAGCGUUUCGGCACGGCGAGUUCAGAGACGAAUGAUGUAAAAUCAAGGCAGUAGGGAUAGGGUUAGACCGCGGACUGAGCUGUAAAUAUUUUCGAGAGAAAAGACUGGAAAGCUUGUAUCCCCCAAAUACAGGUAACCCACUUCCCUGAGAUUUGUUUUCUCAGCUCUGGAAGUUCAUGCCAUAUAGAGAUCCUCUUUUUUAACGUCAGGUGUGCAACCCUCAUCCCAUAGUCUAGCCAUCGAUACUGUACGAAAAUGGAAAAAAAAACACUACAGAACAAUGAAACAAAAUUGACACGUCUUUAUUUUUUCUUAGUUUACUCCGUACGUUGCAUAUUGUUUCCAUUGAUAAAUAACAAUUGAAAACGGCGAUGGUUACUGCACGUUAACGUAAGUUGUGUUAACAGCUUAUUUGUAUUUGAACCUAAGCAUGAAGCUUUUUUUGUCUUUCUCGUUGGUUUCUUUUUAAUUAAUUUUAAUGGGGGGAGGGAUAGUUCCCUCGAGGAAAAAUAAAGACACCAGUAAUACUAGUAAUGGUAAUGAAGACGACUAAAUUUCAAUAUCUGUUGGCUAGUCAUUCUCAAGUACACUAUAGUAUGCUAUUGAGCAUGUGAAUGUUGUAUACCAUAUUGAAAGUGUAAGGGCAUUGUAUGCUCUUAACGUUAUUUUUUUUACGGGGAGUUUUCUUGGGUUCUCGGUGUAAUGAUGACGGAUCAUGGUGACGUUUUUGGUUUGUCGUUACGAGGAAUGUGACAUUUUCCGAUGGACAUGACGUCGUAUCAAUGCCUGAUAUUUACUGUACACACGGCGCAGCAGUUUGACCGUUCAGUGUUACUGUGAAAUAUUUAUUCUGGGGGCCUAACUUUUUAAUGUUAGGAGACCACACGCUUAACGCAUGUAAGGGAGGUAAAAUCUUAAAUGACUGACAUUAUUGAUUUAGAGCUUGAGUUUUUUUUUGCCACUAUUUAUUUGUUUCUUUUGUUUAUAUGUUUUUUUUUUUUUAACAUUGUGCACCUUAAACCCAUUAAGUUGCGAUAACAUGGCAGAAUGGACCUGGAGAAACCAAUAACUGGGUGGUUUAAUGACCAGAAUAAUCAACAAGGGGCAGCCGCUGUUGGCAUCACGGUUGAGCCCCCUCUUCUGCUCCUGUAAUUCAGCCAUUAGCCAACACCCCCCCUCCCCCCCCCGCCCCCCUAACAUUCUCGCAUUGACUUGUCUGAUUUAAAUACUGUGGCCAUAACAGUGAUGUGCAAAGUUUGGCAUCUGUUUUGAGUUUUACUAAGUAAAUAAACUUGUGUGGAAAAACACAAGUGUGGAGACCUUUCUGUCUGCUCUCUUUCCACAUGGGAAGGUUCUGAGGUGCUGAAACAUCUUCUUUCAGUUUCUCAGCCAUUGAGAUUCCUGCAUUACAGAUUUGACAUUUAGAUCCAUCACUGAAUUAGAUGCCUCAGAGCAUGGACAAGCUUAUUAUCAAUGAGUCAUUUUACAUAUUUUUUACAUAGCAUUUUAUCAGCAUUGUGGACGAUACUUCAAAUGGACUUUUGCAUGGAAUUACCCAGUAUGACUUGACUUACAGUUUCCUUAUGGUGAAAGCUGCAUAGAGCAGAUGCAGUCGCAAUGUAUGAUCACGAGGCAGGUAGUGUCUCUAGGGUUGGGGAAUCGAAUCCUGACUCUGUGUGUUGGAUUCCCUUACAAACUCAAGCCUGUGGUACAGGGGAGAAUCCCCAGAUCUUUUUUUUAACGUGGGGGGCAUAAGAGGGCCCACAAUUCACACAGAGGGACUAACCUUAUCAUUAGCCAAUGAUAUCGUUUGAAUUGCUGAAUGACAGGGGAGGUAGCACUCCUGGGCCAAUCAGUUUUCACCUGGGGCUAGUAUGUAACAGUGUCGGUUUGUGCCCUGCAUUAAACUGGUGUUUCUUCUG